GUGUGCCUGGCGCCGGAAGAGAAGACGGCCCCCCUCUUUCGGCCCGGCCAUCUUGUGGGAAGAGCUGAAGCAGGCGCUCUUGGCUCGGCGCGGCCCGCUGCAAUCCGUGGAGGAACGCGCCGCCGAGCCACCAUCAUGCCUGGGCAUUUACAGGAAGGCUUCGGCUGCGUGGUCACCAACCGAUUCGACCAGUUAUUUGACGACGAAUCGGACCCCUUCGAGGUGUUGAAGGCGGCAGAGAACAAGAAAAAAGAAGCCGGCGGGGGCGGUGUUGGGGGCCCUGGGGCCAAGAGCGCAGCUCAGGCCGCAGCCCAGAACAACUCCAAUGCGGCAGGCAAACAGCUGCGUAAAGAGUCCCAGAAAGAACGCAAGAACCCGCUGCCGUCCAACGUUGGCGUGGCUGACAAGAAAGAGGAGACGCAGCCGCCCGUGGCGCUUAAGAAAGAAGGAAUAAGACGUGUUGGAAGAAGACCUGAUCAGCAACUUCAGGGUGAAGGGAAAAUAAUUGAUAGGAGACCAGAACGGCGACCACCGCGUGAACGACGAUUUGAAAAGCCACUUGAAGAAAAGGGUGAAGGAGGAGAAUUUUCAGUUGAUAGACCAAUUAUUGACCGGCCUAUCCGAGGCCGUGGUGGUCUUGGAAGAGGUCGAGGAGGCCGUGGACGUGGAAUGGGCCGAGGAGAUGGAUUUGAUUCUCGUGGCAAACGUGAAUUUGAUAGGCAUAGUGGAAGUGAUAGAUCUUCUUUCUCACAUUACAGUGGCCUGAAGCAUGAGGACAAACGUGGAGGUAGCGGAUCUCACAACUGGGGAACUGUCAAAGACGAAUUAACAGAGUCCCCAAAAUACAUUCAGAAACAAAUAUCUUAUAAUUGCAGUGACUUGGAGCAACCAAAUGUGACUGAGGAAACACCUGAAGGUGAAGAACAUCCAGUUGCAGACACUGAAAAUAAGGAGAAUGAAGUUGAAGAAGUAAAGGAAGAGGGUCCAAAAGAAAUGACUUUGGAUGAGUGGAAGGCUAUUCAAAAUAAGGACCGGGCAAAAGUAGAAUUUAAUAUCCGAAAACCAAAUGAAGGUGCUGAUGGGCAGUGGAAAAAGGGAUUUGUUCUUCAUAAGUCAAAGAGUGAAGAGGCUCAUGCUGAAGAUUCGGUUAUGGACCAUCAUUUCCGGAAGCCAGCAAAUGAUAUAACAUCUCAGCUGGAGAUCAAUUUUGGAGACCUUGGCCGCCCAGGACGUGGUGGCAGGGGAGGACGAGGUGGCCGUGGGCGUGGUGGACGUCCAAACCGUGGCAGCAGGACUGACAAGUCAAGUGCUUCUGCUCCUGAUGUAGAUGACCCAGAGGCAUUCCCAGCUCUGGCUUAACUGGAUGCCAUAAGACAACCCCGGUUCCUUUGUGGACCCGACUUCUCUGAGGUUUUGCAUGCUUAAGGAUCCCAACCGACUAAGAAAUUAAAAAAAAAAAAAAAAAAAAAAAAAAAGACUGUCAUUCAUACCACUCACACCAACAGACUGAGUUUUAUCUGUUUUGAAAAUGAACUUCUCUUGCUCCACAGAAGUAACAAUAUGGUAGUCAGUUUUGUAUUUAGAAAUGUAUUGGUAGCAGGGAUGUUUUCAGAGAUUAUGCAUUCUUCAUGAAUAUUUUGUAUUGCUGCUUGCAAAUAUGCAUUUCCAAACUUGAAAUAUAGGUGUGAACAUGUGUACCAGUUUAAAGCUUUCACUUCAUUUGUGUUUUUUAAUUAAGGAUUUAGAUGUUCCCCCAGUUACAAACCGGUUUUAAAUAUUGGAAUAAUAUCAGUUUUACUACCUGCUUUGCAUUUACACACAUGGUCAACUGGGACAUGUCAACUCUGAUUGUCAAAAGUUAUGCUGUGUGGAAUACUAACAACUUUAUGUAUUUUAACUUAGUUUUAAUAUUUUCAUUUCUGGGGAAAAUAUCUUUUCACUUCUCAUGAUAGCUAUUAUAUGCUAAAUCUUUAUACAGAAAUAUCAGACUUGAACAAAUUCAAAGCACAUUGGUUUACUAAUCCUUGCUCCUGCUUGGUUCAUUAGGUUCAAAUUAUAAUUGAUUGACAAUUUCAACUAUAUUUUAAAGUGUGUGACUUUCCCAUUUUAAAAACCAAACUAGACACCUUACUGUCUAGUAGAAAGUUGUUUAAGCUACUUAUUGUUGAUAAACACAUCCUGUCAGGUGAAGUAGUUUUAUGAGUGUUGGGCUUUUCCCCCCCUCCAACAGGGUGGGUAUAACAAAGUUGAUUUGGCUAAUGCGUAAUAUUUAAACUGCAUCUGGCCACUCAGUAUGAUUUGUGUGUGAAAGGUCCCAAAUCAAAAUUGUAUACCCAUAAUCAAUGACCCUUUAUCCUUUCCUGUUCUAAAGAAACCAAAGGGCCUGGUUAGUAUGGUAAGAUGCAGAGUGUUACUUUUUGGAAUUUGGAAAGCAGACAGCUUUACUUUGUAAGGUUGGAACAGCAGUACCAUCCAUGAAAUAUAAACCAAAAGUCUUAUUGUUGCCGAAUUUCUUAUAUUGCUAUUAGUUUUGGUCUUAAGUUGAUAUGUGACUGUUCCACAGAAGGUGAUAAGUAUCUUUUACCUCUUCCUGCAUUAGAAAAUUAGGUUAUAAUAAUGGAUUCCUGAAUGGGACCGUCAGCGCACUUAGUAACAUGAUCAAUAAACAGGUUUUCUAGGAUUUUUUUUUUUUUUUAGUCUUCUGCCAUAUUUAUUGUUAAGCAGAAAAAUUUAUUUACAGUUUUAAAGAUUUUUUUGUCACUCAUUAAUUUUCAGUAAUUUUCUACCUAUGUGUGGUAAUGUUCAGUUUUUAAAAUAUUGAAAAUCUUAAGUCAUAAAAUGUCUGCUGUUUGCUGACUAGUUCUCCCAUAUACUUCCAAAACAGAGAUUGUAUAGUACAAAAGUUAUUCAUUUGAAUUAGAUUUAUUAACCUAGUUACCUACUAGUUUGCCAUGUUAGGAAGGAGGCAAUUGGUUUUAAAUGAUGGAUAACUUGUGCUGGUGUUUUGGAUCUUAUGAUGCUGAGUGUGUUCUGUACUGGUGCUAAUGUCUAAUAUAAUUUUAUAUUUACAAACAUACCUGCUACCCAGAGGCAAAUAUUAAUUUAGUCCAUAUGGACUAUUGACCCCUCCUAAGUUAGUGUAUUUGGACUUUCAAGUAUCUUAACUCAUUUCUGGACAUGUAACAUGUUUAUAAACCUCUUGAUUUCUAGCAACAUAGAAAACACCUGCUAUUAAAAACACUUCACAAGCUCCACUCACUGUCAGCCAUUGCUGGCAUUCUGUCACUAAAGAAUAGACAGCAAUAUCUGAUAUGUUGCAAGCUUUCAAGAUAGCCUGAACUUCUAAAAGUUGGUCCAUUAGUUGUAUCUGAUGGAUGUAAAUUUGCCUCCUAGUUCACUUUGUGUCAAGAGCUAAAACUGUGAACCUAACUUUCUUUUAUUGGUGGGUAAUGACUGAAAAUAAAGAUUUUAUUUUCAUGCUCACUUCUUAAAAAUCAUAAAAACAAUCAAAUAGGAACCCA